AUGACCACCGAGCCCCGGGAAGAGGCUGAAGCCACCAGCAGGCCAGUAUACGAUCUUCCCGACGCCUCUGUGGGCAAUGAAGCUGAUGACAACUCUGCAGAAUCGCCUGGAGAGUCCCAAAGUCAGGACUUCCUGCCUGAUGAUGUCCCGCCGGUAGGUAUCACUGCGGCAUUCUCCGAACAUGAGGAUGUAGUCCAGGCCUCUGAGACGACAGCCGUCGCCACAGAGAACGAUGAAGAUCAACUCACCAUUGCGGCUGACACCUUCAUGGGGCAGGAUGAAGACCGGGCCCCUGUGCAGACUGCCACCUCCAUGGAGCAAUAUGUAGACCAAGUGUCCGUGCAGACUGCCACUCUUACUGGGCAGGAUGAAGACCAGGCCUCCAUGCAGACUGCCACCUCUAAGGGACAGGAUGAAGACCAGGUGUCAAUGCCAAUCACCCCUCCAAUGGGACAGGAUGGAAAUCAGGCCUCCAUGCAGAUAGCCACCUCCAUCAGGAAAGGUGUAGAGAUAGUCAUCUCCAUGAAUAUGCCAACUUCUGGGGACAAAGAUGAGAACGCAGACGCUCCAAGCCAAAACCAGGAGAAUCUUGAAGGGAACACAUCUCUGCUGCAGCAAGACUCAGGUAUCCUGCAAGUGUUUGUGGGCUUCCAGAACCCAGUGUGGGACAGACUGGCUGAAAAUAACCGCACAAGUCGGAGCCGCACAGUUUUCCCAAGUGACUCCCAGAACCAGGAAAAGACACCAGGAAAACUGCAUGUUCCUGAAGGGGAGCCAGAAAUAGCUCCAAAAGCUGAGGUCCCAUCUGCUCCGCCUGAAGAUGUCCAGCCUUCUGUGGGAGCUACUGACCCAUCCACUUUGAAUACCAGUAGUCCUGACCAAGAACCCAAGGGCAUCACCAAAUCUGCUGAGCAGGAAGCUGAAGGUUUCGGGGCCUUGAACCCCGAAAGCAAAGAUAGACCUCCAGGGCCUACCAGGGAGGAUUUAGCUGAUGAAUCAAGGAUCUCGCAGACACCCCCACCUUUCUCCAGCUCCCCAGGAGGCAGUCCACCUCCCUCUCCAGGUCCCUGCCACGUGUCCCUGGGCAGGAACCUUCUAGACCCCAGCCUGUACAGGCCUGAUGUGGAGAAUGACUACAUGCGCUCCAUGACCAGCCUGCUGGGCGGUGGUGAGGGCUCCACCAGCUCCCUUGCAGACAUCCUGGUGUGGUCAGACACAGCCACCGGCAUGCGCUUGGCCGUUGGCAUCCUGACUUCAGGCUACAGCUCUCCAGCUGACAGGCUCCACGAAGAGGGUCCCAGCCUGCGCACUGUCUCCAGUCUCUUGGGUAGUGCCAGGUCAGCUCUCUCCUCUGGAUUGGUGGCUGGAACCGGCUCGGCCCUGCGCUCAGUCACGCACCUACUGGAGUCUGUGGAGAGACGAACUGUAGAAGGCAUCCGGUCAGCUGUUCGCUACCUGGCCCACCACUUCACCUCACGAGGGGCUCGCGCUGGCCCCAAUAGUGACUAG